AUGCAUAACGCUGUUGCUGAGAAUGUUUUGGGAACGAUAGGAACUAUUUUAUGGUGCAUACAGCUUGUUCCACAAAUAAUCAGAAACUUCAAGGUCAAGGAUUGCCAUGGAUUACCGCCUACAAUGAUGUUCUUAUGGGCUGCAAGUGGGAUACCAUUUAGUAUCUACUUUAUUGGAAUCGAUGGAUCUAUACCACUUCGUAUUCAACCACAAUUAUUCACCUUUUUUUGUUUGGUCACAUGGGUUCAAGUUUUGUAUUACCCUCCAGUACAAAUGCCCAGGAAGAAACUAUGGCUGGUUGUUACAGCAUUUGUCCUUGUCAGUGUUGGCCUAGAGCUUGGGUUUAUUUUGUGGUUAAGACCUUUACAUAGACGUGGGAUUACGUGGCCGAUGUUGAUUAUAGGGAUCAUUGCCUCAAUAUUGUUAGCCAUUGGAUUGAUACCACCUUACUUUGAAUUGGCAAAGAGAAAAGGAAGAGUGAUUGGAAUCAAUUUUGUAUUUCUCACCAUGGACUCUCUCGGUGCUAUAUUUUCCUUACUAAGCAUUGUUGUGGGCAAAUUCGACGUCUUGAGUUGCGUAUUGUAUGCCGUAGUUAUUGUGCUUGAACUCGGGAUAUUUUCGAGUCAUUUGAUAUGGUGGUUAAGAUUCGGUAAGGAUGCACCCAAGGAAUCUGAGUUAUUGGAGGAAGAAGCGAGGAUACAAGCAGCAAAGGAGGGACGUAUCAUAGAGGAUGACAAACCAAAGUCGGAUGUUGAGAUGGAUAUCGAAUCCUUAACUUCGGGCGAAAAUGUAUGA